AUGGUUAUAUUCGUCAAAUCUUGCUUCUUAUGGCUGCUGCUGCUGCUGCUGCUGCUGCUUCCUCCUCCUUAUUCUACUGCUGAUGGUCACAGGGUGAGUCAACAAGUUUCUCCAUCUCCCGUUAGGCUCCGAAUAUUGGAUAAUCAUGUGGAGAUUGAGAAUGGUAUUGUAAAGCUAUCAUUGUUAAAGCAUUGCGGGCUCGUCUCAAGCAUCGGAUUCAAAGGGAUUGACAAUGUGCUCGAAUAUCGUAACAAAGAGACGCGACGAGGUUAUUGGGACAUCGUCUGGAGUUUCCCGGAGAAAGGCAAUCACAAAUUCGACACGUUUGAAAGUGCAAGCUUGAGAGUAGUAGCAAAUUCCAAAGAUCAAGUAGAAGUAUCUUUUACAAGUACAUGGAACAUCUCCCUUCCUCAAUACACUCUCCCUCUCAACGUUGACAGGAGAUUUGUAGUCCUUGGUGGGGUGUCUGGUUUUUACUCCUACGCCAUAUUCGAGCAUUUGGAAGGAUGGCCUGAUUUGAACAUUGAUGAAGCAAGAAUUGCCUUCAAACUCGAUAAGAACUUGUUUGAUUACAUGGCCAUAUCAGAUAGUAUACAAAAGAUCAUGCCAACCGACUACGAUAGGAGGUCGGGCCAACAACUUAACUUCCCGGAAGCUGUUAGGCUAACGAAUCCUGGAAACCCUAAUCUCAGCGGAGAGGUCGAUGAUAAGUAUCAAUACUCUUUGGAGAACAAGGAUAAUAGAGUACAGGGAUGGAUAAGCUCCGAUAAGCAUGUGGGUUUUUGGAUGAUAACUCCGAGUGAUGAGUUUCGCGCGGGGGGACCUGUCAAGCAAGAUCUCACAUCUCACACUGGCCCAACUUGCUUAAACGUGUUCUUUAGCGGGCAUUAUGCUGGGUCCGAAUUUGGGAUCCGACUUCGUGGAGGAGAGGCAUGGAAGAAGGUGUUCGGACCCGUAUUCAUAUACCUCAAUUCGGAUUCAACUAACAACGCCAGUACUAGUCUACUUUGGAAUGAUGCUAAAACACAGAUGUUGGAAGAGAGCCGAAAAUGGCCUUAUGAUUUCCCCUUGUCUGGAGAGUUUCCUGGAGCGCAGCAGCGCGGCGCAAUCAAAGGUCGACUGUUAGUUCGCGACAGGUACAUCAGUCAGAGGCUUCUGUUGGCUAAAAAUGCAUACGUCGGGUUGGCUGCUCCGGGACACAUCGGCUCAUGGCAACAUCAGGCUAAGGGAUAUCAAUUUUGGACACAAACUGAUGAAUUCGGCUACUUCACAAUUCGAGCCAUUCGAGCGAACACUUACAACUUGUAUGCUUGGGUUCCCGGCAUCAUGGGAGACUAUAAACUCGGCAUCGACAUUAUCAUUAGCCCAGGCACCCAAGUUCACAUGGGAGAUCUUAUUUAUGAUCCCCCGAGAAACGGUCCAACAUUAUGGGAAAUCGGGAUACCUGAUCGUAGUGCAGCCGAAUUCUUCAUACCCGAUCCAUCCCCUAGUCUAGCAAAUAAGCUAUACUUGGGUGGUGAUGAAAAGUACCGGCAAUACGGAUUAUGGGAUCGAUAUACUGACUUAUAUCCUACCCAUGAUCUAGUUUACACAAUUGGAGUCAGCGACUAUCGCAAAGAUUGGUUCUUUGCUCAUGUAAACCGGAAAGUAAGAAAUCACAGUUAUACACCAACGACAUGGCAGAUUAAGUUCGAUUUAAGAAAUGUGAAUGCAAAUGGGACUUAUACACUUCGAUUGGCAUUGGCUUCGGCUAACUUUGCAGAGAUUCAAGUUGGGAUCAACAAGAACAUCGAUGGAGAAGCAGUAGAUUUUAGGACAGGAAGGAUAGGGAGAGACAAUGCAAUUGCAAGGCAUGGCAUCCAUGGGCUAUAUUGGUUGUUUGGUGUGGAUAUAGCUGGGCAUCAACUCUUCAAUGGCAGAAAUACAAUAUAUUUAAAGCAAUCAAGAAGCAAUAAUGGACCCUUCAUCAAUGUCAUGUACGACUACAUUCGCCUCGAAGGACCUCCUCGACCUUACUAUUGA